GACACACACAGGAUCGCAAUUUAAGAUUGACGUUGCAUAAAGUGUAAACACGAUAGUGUGAUUUUUGAAAUUAUUCAAACUUACGUUCAUUAUAGAUAUGUCGAUUUCAAAUAACAAAUGCCAUAGUUGUGAUUAAGUAUUUUUUAUGUCAAACUAAACUAAGUCGUAAAAGUGUUCCACUAGAGUAAACUUAAACUUUUGAUAACAAAUUGUGUAGUUUACUGUGUGUUUACCUGGUUGAUAAUUUUGACAAAAAUGUCUGCAAGUGAACCUGACAUAAGCGAAUCUUCCAAUUUGGAAUCACCAUCCCCUCAUUCGGAUUCUCCUUACAGUUCUCCGUCACAACAGGUGCCCCAGUUGGCAAACUUCUUGACGGUUCUAACGUGUGGGGAUAAUAAAUUCAAUUAUGAUGCCGGAAAAAAGCCAUUUCUUCGUAUUAUUGAGCAGCCGCAGAACCAUUUUAGAUUUCGAUACAAAAGUGAAAUGGUAGGAACACAUGGUAGUCUACUGGGAAAAUCAUAUGCUCUUAAUAAAACUAAAACGCAUCCAACAGUUGAGCUGGUCAACUAUAGUGGUCAAGCAAGAGUGAGGUGUAGGUUAGCGCAGCACAACAAUUCCGAUGAACAUCCCCACAGGCUUCUAGAGGACGAUCAGGAUAGAGAUGUUAGUGCGACAGUCCCCGAACAUGGCAGUUAUAAAGUGGGAUUCCCUGGUAUGGGUAUAAUACAUACAGCGAAAAAGGAUGUAGCAAAUUUACUGUACAAAAAAUAUGAAAAUAAAAAGAAAAGUUCACAAGACGAAAGUUCUUCAAAUAUGCUCCGAUUGCAUUGUGAAAACAUUGCAAAAAAUAUCAACUUGAAUAUAGUCAGGUUGAAAUUCAGCGCUCACGAUUUUAAUACAGACGAAGAGAUUUGUAGUCCGGUAUUUUCCGAGCCUAUACAUAACAUGAAGAGCGCGGCGACAAAUGAUUUAAAGAUUUGUCGCAUGAGUAGAUGCAUCGGUCGUCCUAAAGGAGGGGACGAUGUUAUUAUAUUAGUGGAGAAAGUUAAUAAAAAGAAUAUAAAGAUACGUUUCUACGAAUUGGAUAAGAAUGGGGUAGAAUGCUGGUCAGCGGAAGGACAUUUUCUGCAAAACGAUGUGCACCAUCAAUACGCUAUAGUGUUCAGGACACCGCCUUAUAGAUAUACUGAUAUAACUUCAGAAGUACAAGUGAUGAUAGAAUUAAUGCGACCGUCCGACGGCCGCACAAGUGAGCCUAAAGAAUUCACAUACAAGCCAAAGUACGUCAACACUAUUUCGAAGAAACGGAAGGCAAAUUCAUCUUACUCGUCUAUCGGGAGCUCGGGAGGUUCAUUAAACAGUUUAAGCGAUCUGCCAGUUCCCAUACAAAUGAUGAACCAAAAAAACGAUAUAUCUCACGAUGAAGUUAUGAAAGACCUGUCUACGUUUAAUAUACCGGUAUCCCAAGUAUCAGAAGCGCCUGUGUCCAAUGAAAUGUUAUUAGGAGAGGCCAUGUUUGAUUUAUCUUCUAUUACGCCUAACUCCGGCAUGACUCAGUUCAAUGUUUGCCCCAUGUUGGGACAACCCAAUAUACCUGAACCACCCGUACUGCAGUUGAAUUCAUCAGAAAUCGACCGAUUGCUUAAACAUAACUCCAACAUCACCGCUGAAGAGAAGAAACAAUUCUGCGAAGCUGAUUGGACGGAUUACUUCAAAUCGUACAGCGACAGCGUGCCAGAUAUGAUGUCCGGCAUGGAGUUCAUAAGAUUGGUGCCUGAUUCUGCCAGAGCAAAUAUAAGUGGACCUGUUUCACCAAAGCCUAUAAAGACAGAAGAGGAAGACGUCAAAUAUAACAUCGAAAAUACAAAAAACAACGAGUAUUCUGCUUACUACAAAUCUGAAGAUGGCCUUGAAGUUAAAAAACUUGUAACGGAAUUAUGUGACAUGAUAAAGAAUAAGACGGCACAUAAAAAGCAAUUGGUCAGAGCUAAGCUUGAACGACUGUUCGAAAUGCGACUCUCUAAUGGGGACACGUUCUUGCAUAUGAUGUUGUCAAGCAAUCAGCCCAGUUUGGAGUACAUUGUGAAGCUGAUAGAUAGCGUGAAGCUGACACAUUUGCUGAACAAGACCAAUAACUACGGUCAGUCGGUGCUACAUUUGGCUGUCACACACGAUCUGCCCAAGCUCGUCACCUUCCUCGUCUCUAAAGGUUGUAAUCCAAUGAUAGAAGAUAAUGAAGGGAACAAUGUGGUACAUUAUGCUGUGAUCUGUCAGUCGUGUCUGGAGCCUUUGCUCGACGUCAUCAACACUAACCGAAUCACUUGUGAUAUCAACGCUUAUAAUAAUGAGAAGCAGACAGCGUUACACUUAGCUGCUAUCUACGGUUCCGCGGAGAGCACGCGUGUGUUACUCGGGCGCGGCGCGUGGCUGCAGGCGCGGGACAGCGAGGCGCGCACGGCGCUGCACCUCGCCGCUUACGACGACUGCCUCGCCGUGCUGCAAGCGCUCCUCGAAUACGCACAACCUAGCGACAUAGACGCGGUGGAUGGUCGGGGCAACACCGCGCUGCAGAUCGUAUGCGGCGGUGCCAUGAGAGAGAACUCUGUUGAAAUUGUCAAACUACUUAUGGAUAAAAAUGCAAAUCCUAAUAAAAAUGAAGAAAAUAAUCAGCCGGCGUGGAGGAUGGCGCGAGACAAGCCUGAGCUGCAGCAGGUGUUCAGGAAGUACAUCCCGCAGCUAAUGGAUUGUGAGGAAGACAUCAAGUCAGAGCCAGAAGAUGAAUAUGAAUCUGCUGAUGAAGGAGAGACAAUGGAGAGCUGCCUGCCGGAGCUGAGCCUGUACGUGGAUGAGGUGUCGAAGGUGCUGGACGCGAGCGGCGGAUGGCGGGAGCUGGCGCAGCGCCUGCAGCGCGACUCCCUGCUCUCCUGGUACUCCGCCUCGCCCAGCCCCACCAGGAAACUGCUCACCUAUCUCAAGGAUUGUGACGAUGAUAUAACAUCGAAGUCUUUGGCACUACUUCUAGAAGACAUGGGUCAGAAGGAAGCUGCGAGUGUCAUCAGACGAUACAUCAGCUGAUGACAAUGGCACCAUUUGACACAAUUUUAGUAACAAUUGCUAAUCGUAUUGACUCGUCAUUAAUUAUUUCGAUAUUUUGUUUUUUUUUUCAGUGAUUGCGGAGACCCAAUUCUGUGAAUGUAAAUUUAUUAUGUUCCAAAUUAUGAUUUUUAUCAUUGGUAAUGACAAAUUUUAUCGAUAAAUCUAUUAUUUGUUAUUAAGUUUUUCUUUUUUUUACUGGUAAAUAAGACUAAUAGAAUAAGUGAACUUGUUUUGUAUGUUUAAAAUUAAUAAGCACGACUUGGAACUUUGGUCUAACAAAUAAUAGUAAAAAAUGCAUAUUUUAACCAACAAAAAGUAUGCAUGUUUUUUUUUUUUCACUUGAAAUCUCUUUGUAGUCUUUCUAACGUUAUCAAAUUUCUUUCA